AUGUCUGCGACCAAACCCGUUUCCAGUAAUGAUAUGCGAUGCAUCGCCUACAGAAUCGGCUACCUCUCGAAAUCCAGAAUUGAACGAGAAGCUCGGAAGGCCGAGCCUCGAUUAUGGAAACUGAUCGGCCACGCAUCCCUGUUUGACAACGCAAAGAAAUACAUCAUCGACCACAUUGAUGACGAUGACGACGACGACGACGAAGAAGCAGUGGUUGACGAAUGGGCCGAGAGCGACGACGAGCUGUCCACCAUCGACCACAUUGAAGACCUUCUUGAGUUGGAGGACGACGACAACGAGCCAGCGCAAAUCCAACCACCACCACACCCACAGUUGCAACGUCAAUACCGGUAUCAAUACUAUCAGGCGUGCACCAAAUGUAUCAGCCGACCUGAUCAAAAACCACAGCAAGUUGUCGUGACCACGGUGACUGACUGCGCGAGCGAAAGCGAGAGCGAGUCUAAACCCGAAGACCAGCACCAUCAGUGCGGCUUCGAAGAUUGGGAAAACGUCAGCGACGUCAGCACCGAGGGUGAUGAGGACGAUCACGACCACGACAACACCAGCGACAGUGACUGGAGCGAUUCGACCUGCGCCAACGAGGAUCAUGUCUACGACGAUGCCAGUCCCGAUCGCAAGCUCAUCGACAUCUGUGCACUGGCCACGUCGCAGUUCUCCAUGCCCAAGUACACUCCUCAAGACGAGGACAUGCUUUUAUGGGCUCAGCAGCCGCGGGUUUUGUCGCAGACUCAGUCGGAUAAUCUUCUCGUGGAGGCAUUCGCCUGA